AUGCCGUGGCAGAAGACCUUCCGCCUUCCGUACCAGACCAAAGGCAUGCACCUCGUCACGCGCGAGGUCGUGCGCGAGUGUGAGGAAGGCCUGCGCGGUGUCGACGUCGGCAUCUUCACACUAAACUGCAUGCACACGAGUGCAGGACUGACUGUGAACGAGAACGCCGACCCCUCGGUGCGCACCGAUAUGGACAUGGCUCUGGACAAGAUCGUGCCAGAGUCGUUCCCGUGGGAGCACACUGACGAGGGACCGGACGACUCAGUGUCGCACCUGAAGACGUCGCUCGUCGGCAACUCCAUCACUCUCCCCAUCUCGAAAGGCAAGCUCGUGCUUGGGACGUGGCAGGGCAUCUACCUCGCGGAGUUCCGCUACAGUGGGAAUGGAUGGGCAGGAAAGGGCGAGGGACGCAAGGUUGUCGCUACUAUCUUGCCGUAGACACUUUAACCGAGCACAAAGAUCGCGCCGGCUGCAUACCUGCCGACGCAGCUUGUCCCAGCCUGUCCCUCUACAGCAUCUACAUCUAGACUCUAUGCACUAUGCAAGACGCAUCUUGGCGAUCGGGAGACGGUAACCCGGGAGCUCCCAGUACUUUCGCCUAACGCCAC